GAGGAAACCAGAUUAUAAGGGAAGAUGAAUGGAUGUUUUAACGGCUUCUUGAAGAUAUUUGUUUCGUCUGGGAUUUAUGGGAUGGCGUUUGGGAGGUGGUCUUGGGCAUAAUAAAUGCAAAUCAAUGAUUUUUUUCUUUCUUUCGGAGUUAUACGGGAUAGGAAAUGGGUAUACCUCAUAUGUUUGACUCGGGCUGCGGGCAUGGGAUCGGGUAGGACGAGAUAGCUCACGAAUGCAAAUCUUUUCAUUAUUGGUAGAAUGUUCUCAGUUGUGGGAAUACGGAAUGGACUUCCUCCACGGUCCACCACACUUUGGAGCACGUGCACAUGCAGAAUAUACAGUUUUGGGUGUACUCUUCUGACGGCGUGGACCGAGAGGGAGGUCCAGCCGUUAGAAGAGCAGUUCGCGCAAUAUCGACAGCAUACUGUAUCUCCUUGUAAAUCAAUGUUUCAGUCCGUAAAUAGAUCACUCUGUUGCAGGCGGAUCAAUCCAGUCACCAUAUCUGGAUUUUAUUUUCCGUGCUCGGCUGGUAACGAGAUCCAGAUGACGCGGGAGGGACUCCUUCGGACUCUACUACCGCAAGCCUUGCGGACCUUCCCCAAUAUAGCUCCCUUGAUAUUCCCAAAGCGAUUGGAAACGUUCGUGGCUUUCAGGGACUAAGUUGUUUGGUACGCACCCUUGACAUUGACGGUGAGGGAACUGCUCUCUGCUCUCAAAUUAUUUGUCCAUGAAGCGACAAAGUCGUACAAAAUAUGCCUUCUUAUCGAUGGACUAGAUGAAUUCGAGUGUUCUUAUUCCCAGCAGAUCAAUCUCAUCGAGUUUAUCCAAUCAAUUUUUGACCGCGGAGGUCAAGCUCUGCGUGUCCAGACGGCCUUGGAACGUCUUUGAGGAUACCUUUAAUACUCGUCCAUGUCUAAGACUCGAGAAGCUCACAUAUGGAGACAUUCGAUACUAUUAUUCCUCAAGCUUAUCGGAUAAUCUAGGCUUCGCGACACUACAACGUGGCGAUCCCAACGCUGCCUCUGACCUCGUCGAAAACGUCUCAACGAAGGCGUGUAGUGUCUUUCUCUAUGCCAUCCUUGUUAUCAAU